UAAUUUAUGGCCAGUUUUGCGGUAUCGCCCCUCACCGCUCCCAGCUAGAGCACGCCUUGCUCGUGUGUGUCCCAGGCUUUAGGACUACAGAGAGAAGUAGUCGUUGUAUGACAUUUGUGGACCACGAAAAUACAAACCAAAAGAAAUGUACUCAUGGUGCACGGAAAAGAGAAGAAAAGUUUGGCUGAGGUCACUCAGCACGAAGUGAUUUGAUGCUCAGUAGUUUUAAUGGAUUAAUGAUGUGAUGGCAAAGUGCAAAUUUGAUAGUCGGUGCAGAACGCCAGAAAGACCCUGUGAGUUUUUGAUAACUCAACUUGAGAGGCUGAAAUUAGCCAGAACAACAUCUAGGGAUUAUCCUUGUCUAUUUAAUGAAUCAAAUUUAGAGGCUAUUUUUGGAAUACUGGAUCCCACAAGGCAAGGAUAUAUUACUGUUGGCCAGUAUAAAGAAGCGCUGAAUACCAUAGGGUUAAAACAGUUUGUUGCAUUUCCACAAGGAGCAGAUUGCAACAGAAUAACACUGGAAACAUUCAAGAAAGAAACGAAGGAUGGAUUAAUAAAGUCUUCUGCCACUUUUAAAUCAUGAAAAGUGCAAAAGAUUACUGUAUCCAUUUGUUUCCAACCUGCUGUGUAUAUUGCACGUUGUCCUGUACUUGUGAAGUUUACCUUCAUUUAUUUUUUACAAUCAACAUGCACAUUUAACAAAUAAAGAUGCAGUUCUUAUGAAAACUAA